AGGGAGUUGUGGUCAGUCUAAAUUACGCUUGGCUGAAUCCUUUGGCCUUUACUUUGGGAACAGUGUCAUUAUGGUCAGUGGAAGUUUUCACUUAAUGACACUCUCUAACUGCACUGUUUUCCAAUUGAGUAGUCAGGUUGCUAGCUACUUCAUGCUAAAACUGCAGGACUGCUGUAAAACCAAAGAGAAAGAAUGUGACAAAGGCAGUAAAACUGGGGCUAACAAUGUAUGAUUUGAUUUUUGAACUAUUACUCUAUCCUUUGCAUUUCUUCAAUAGUAUCACACAGGUUAUUGACCUUUUAGACAGAAUACAGACCUACAAGCUCCCUUUCAUGUGUGAAACAAUCAUUGAGGUAACUCACAGAAACUGGUUGGUAGUCCCUGCUAAAAUCAAGAAUUCCAAACCAAGCCAAAUGGUGGAAACUCAAAAUACUGAAGAGCCACCUCAAAAGGAAUAUGAAGAAAUGGACAUUCAGGAUCAAGAAAGUGAAUACAAUGAGUCGCUUCCUGAGGAUCCUGAAUCAUACUGCUCAGUGCCUUAUGUUGCUAGACCAUCUUGUUGGCAGGAAAGCCAUUCAGCAUUCCUUACCAAGCUGAGAAAGAUUCAACCACUGCGUUCCUGAUGCUGCUGAGAUGUUAGCUGCUAAUUUCAGUUUUGUAUCAGAAUAAAGUCUGACAAAGUAGCUGCUAAGCUUUGCAAGUUGUGUCACUGCUUUGAUUUUUACUGUAUGUAACAUUUGAAAUCCCAUCUGCUAU